AUGCUCCGACGGGUACUCAACCUCUUCUCAGGAGACAAGCAUGUCCCUUCAGACAAUGAAACAGCCAAAAAACACCAAACCAACAAGAAAAAGCCUCAUAACGAUAAACCCACGUCUCUAGAGUUUGCUACUGCUCUUCUAGGGAGAGAACCGGACUCAGGCGAAGAAACUGAUAAGCCAGUGUAUGUCCUUGAUGAGCUAGAUAAGGAGGACCAGAAACAGCCAGAGACUGGCCGAGCUACAGCGCCUUCUGGAAGGAACCUUCUACCCCCACAGACUCCUGCAAAGGCAGGUUCAAUGCCGUUUCUUUCCAGCACGCCUCUAGCGCUGAGACUGGUGAUUGGUCAGAAGCCUGCCAGAAGACGGUAUAAACGGUACGACGUAAGUGCCAAAAGACGUGUUAUCAACCCUCUGCUGGAACUGGAGGACGAUAGUCCGGAUGAGAGGCCUCUGCAGGUUUUACAGUUGGAAGAGGGCAGCGAAUCGAUGAAGAAGGUGGAGUCUAGCAUCAUGGAUGACCUAGAACGGCAAUUGAAGGAGAACAACGGCAGCGACGAUGAUGACGAGGAGGUAUUUGUUGAAGCUGUUAGUCAGAUACACGAUGAGGAGAAGGAUAGUGGAAGGGAAGUGAAGGUAGAGAAGAAGAUGCCGUGGGAUGAGGCUGUUGAAGUGACAGAAGUGGCAUCCCAGGAUUCUGAGGAGAAACAGAGGGAGGACCAUGUGGAUCCUAGGGAUCAGAGCGUACCUGUUGAUGGGGAUCUGCCAGAAAUUCCUUCCAAAGCUGUUGCUUCGCCGAAGAAUAGCCCCCAAGGGCUCAGUGGAACCAGGAAAACGCUAAAAAUGUCCUUAUCAAGGAAAAGAAGAGUAAGGAAAGUACACAGGGACGCUGCUGGGAACUGGACUACGCGAGAAUCACAAAGCGAUUCAGAUGUUUUUGUGGUAGGUGAAGAAAGGGCGUCUGAGGUGGAAAGUGCCAGCCAGAGAUCUGGUAAGCUGCUAGAUGCAUCAGCGGAACGCAGCCACGACGACGGAUCAGAUCCAAUUGAUGAUAAUUACAACACAGCUUCUGAAUCUGAUGAUAUCGAAGAUUCCUCUUCUGAAGAUAUCAGUGAGAACAAACCUACUGGUACGAAGCCCAGGGCAGUGAAUUUCUCGGAUAUUUCUACUGAACACUUCUCCAUUGAUCCACACGCAGCAACAGAACUCCCAAAAACUCCCGUACAAGUUUCCAAUCGGUAUCCCAUUGCACCAGCGCUGGCGCCAGGACGUGUGGUAUUUGGAUCUCCUGCGCUGGCACCAGCUUCUUCCAGAACACAGCCGCCAACGAGUCAAACUGAUAGGUUGGAUAGCAAACCAGGAACGCUUCCGACGCUGGUACGCCAAGCAAAGAGUGGGCAGUCAAAUUCCCAGAGCAGUCCAAACUUAUUUGUCUCUGUUGAUUCGUCUUCAGGCCGUUCGUUGACUCUUCCAUCUACAGCUUCAAGUCCUACGUCUCUAUAUCGAAAGCGCCUGAAACAGCAGAUGACGCUUCCGUUCAGCCUGCCGCCUCGAAGUCUGCCAGGAAGAAGCAGAACUGAUAACUCCUACAGAAUCCCUUUCUCGUCGCAGACGAAUUCUACAUCUUCAGAGCCCAAGGACCAGUUGAUGGUUCCUGAUUCAAGCACAACAGAAGAAUUGAAUCGCCAGGCUUCGCCUCCCAAGAAGGUCUUGUCUCAGGAAAGUCAGAUCGUUAUUAAGAGCUCUCAGGAUGACAAGGAGCAGAAGAAGCCAGCACCAGCAAAGCCUCGUGGUACUCUACCUACAGCUGUCAAACCUGCUGUGGCCAGUCCAAAAGAGGAAGAAGGUGAUAGGAAGCGUAUAAAGUUGAUCCCCAUGUACUCGAAGCUCAUGCGGCCUGAACCUGCAAAGCCCGAGCCCAAGUCGCUAGCACAGCAAUUGAGAGAAAGAAGGGAGCAGCUAGAAGGGCUGUCUCGAGCAGAAACGGCAUAA